AUGGACGUCUCCGAUAUUUUGGCUGCACAUGCAGAAAAACAAAAAGCCGUCGCCGUCGAGAAAGACAUCCCUCUCGAGGUCGAUGCCGGUUUUCUGGCAGUCACAGAUCUCAAUCCUGUUGAUACUGAGAGCUACGGCGAGGACCUAGAAGAGUACCUGCAAUCGACUGCACGCGACGGCGUUCAGGCACUCAUUAAUGCCCUAUUCGCACUCCCUACGACACCAUCCGCUGACGGUCCCCUCGCACAACUCCCACCGCCCACCACCCAGCUGCCCCGCGCAAAACAUCUGCCCAAGCCCAAGCCGCCCACCAAGUGGGAGCAGUUUGCCAGGGCGAAGGGCAUCCAGAAGAAGCGGAAGGACAAGAAGGUGUGGGAUGAGGAGAAACAAGAUUGGGUAGACCGCUGGGGUUGGAAGGGCGCGAACAAGAAGGAGGAGACACAGUGGCUCUCAGAAGUGCGCGCCAACGCAGAUGUGGAUCAUGACCCUGCAAAAGCUGCACGCGAUGCACGUAAGGAGAAGAUGGCGAAGAAUGAGCGACAGCACCAGCAAAAUCUCGCUCGCGCGCAGGGCGCCAGCGCCAGUGCGACCGCGCCAGCCCCCCCGCAGGAGCGGAAAAAACAGAUCGACAGGACACUGGCGACGACGCGGUCGAGCACGGCAAGCAUGGGCAAGUUUGACCGCAAACUGGAAGGGGAGAAGAAGCUCAAGGGUGUCAAGCGGAAGUUUGACCCCACGGAGGUAUCCGCUUCCAACGAAAAGUCACAUAACCUUGCCAUCCUCCAGGGGCUCGAUCGAGGACCGACAGCGAAGAAGUCCAGGUCCUCAGGAGACGAUGUGCUCAACGUCAGGAAAGCGAUCAGGGUGGCGAGCAAGGGGAAGGGCAGCGCAGCGCUGUCUCGAGAAGGCGGAGGCGCAAAAUCGAGGUCGAAUAAGGGCAGGAGAUGA